AUGGCUCACUCUCACGAUGGCGGCCUCGGCCACUCUCACGACGACCCUUUCAAUGGUCACGGUCACUCGCACGACAUCCUGGAUGGGCCAGGUUCCUACGUUAACCGUGAGAUGCCACUGAUCGAAGGCCGAGACUGGAAGGACCGCGCCUUCACCAUCGGAAUUGGAGGACCCGUCGGAUCUGGCAAAACAGCUCUCAUGCUCGCCCUCUCCCGCGCCCUCCGCGACGAAUACAACAUCGCAGCUGUAACAAACGACAUCUUCACCCGUGAAGAUGCCGAAUUCCUCACCCGCCACAAAGCCCUCGCUCCCAACCGCAUCCGCGCUAUUGAAACAGGUGGCUGUCCCCACGCCGCUGUCCGCGAGGAUAUCAGCGCGAACUUGCUCGCUCUCCAGACGCUACAAAAGCAAUUCUCUACUGAUCUGCUGCUGAUCGAGUCUGGAGGUGAUAACCUCGCUGCGAACUAUAGCCGUGAGCUAGCGGAUUUCAUCAUCUAUGUUAUUGACGUUGCUGGUGGUGAUAAGGUUCCUCGGAAGGGUGGACCGGGUAUCACUGGUAGUGAUUUGUUGGUUGUGAAUAAGAUUGAUUUGGCCGAGGCUGUUGGUGCUGAUUUGAAGGUCAUGGAGAGGGAUGCGGCGAAGAUGAGAGAGGGGGGUCCGACUGUUUUUGCGGUUGUUAAGCAUGGGAAGGGAAUGGACCACAUCAUCAAUUUGAUUAUUAGUGCUUGGAAGGGAAGUGGUGCUUAUGAUGUUAGUUUGGAGCGGUGGAAGGCGGGUGCUCCUCGUGGUUCAGGGAGUGUGGAUGAGUAG